AUGCAGUCUGCUACCGCUUUUCUGGCACUUAUUGCCUCUGCCAACGGUAACGUUAUCCGGGGCCGUCAGCUCUCAGGUGCCGCCGCUGUCCCUGCGAAUCCCCAGCCGGCCAACUUGACUUCGGGCGGCGACUCUGUAUCUACAGACAUAUCGCCGCUGGAGUCAAACACUGAGCAGUACUAUCUCGGCUUCCGAGAGGUUGACUUUGAGAAGCCUUACGCGAAAUACUACAACCCGGUGGUUUCUCCCAUCUCGGACGCCCUUGUCAACGGCUUGGCUGGAAGCCCUUGGCGCAGUGUCUUCACAUACUCUGCCCAAGACGCCGCCAAGUAUCUUGAGCAGUCCGGGUAUCUGAACUUGGAGAACGGCUACGCCAUUGGCAGCAACGGCACUCUCAUGAUCGCCUACGACUGGUGGUUCGGCUGGCACUCUGUCGAAACGGCCCGGUACAAACUCUGGAACCCCAUCGCCCACCAGUGCAGCUACGGCACACCCGACAGCGUCGACUGGGCCAACCGCACCUAUGCCGAGCGCUACAUUGGUGCCACGUCCCACAUUGACGAGUAUGUCGGCAACGACGCCGCCAAGCUGAGCAUCCAGUUCAUCGAGCCCGAGUCGAUUGGCUUUAACACAUCCGCCUGGCCGGAGCUCGGCAUUGAGACCGUGGUUGUUGGAAAGCUGUUCAUCGGCGACUACUCUCUGGAGUUCGACCAGACUUCGUACCUCAUGCACAUGGUUCGCCGUAUGCCCAAUGGCUACCGUGAGCUUCGAUCCCGCUUCUUUGUUGCGUCCGAUAACCACGGCAACGCUCAGCUGGGGCACGACCUUGCUGUUCACUGCAACAUCGAGAUGACCCCGGCACCAGAUCUUGGAUCCUUCCUCUCUACCCUCAUCCAGGGAUUCGAGGGCGUCAAGUAA